AUCCGUGUCAAAAUCACAUUACAAAACAUAACCUAGAAUUUGUACCAGAAAUUAUAAAUUUUCCAAUAAAAAUGGUGUAGUGAAAUUAUUGCACACAAUAAGCAAUUCAAUUAUAAUGUCCCAAACAAGACUUUUCGUCGGAAACCUUCCUAACGAUUUUGAAGAAAACGAGCUGCGCUCUGUGUUCUCUAAAUUUGCAGAAGUAACCAACUUAGAUAUUAAAUCUAAACCUGCAGCAGAAAAUGAAACAUCUAAAUUUGCAUUCGUUACAAUAUCCGGCGCUAAUAAUGAUGUUGAAGCUUGUAUCAGAUACUUCGGUAAUACAGAUUUUAACGGCAGCAAACUUUAUGUGACCAGAGCUCGAGAGAGCUUUCUUGAACGAUUGCAAAGGGAAAGACAAGAAAAGGAACAGAAAGAUGCAGAAAAGCACAAGAGCCACAAGGAACCAUCAAAAAAACAUCCUGUUAUUAAAUUAGGCGAAGGAUUUAACCCAAGAAAACGGAAAAUUGAUAUUAACCAAAAUGGAAUCCAGCCGAUUAGAAAUAUCAAGGAACACCAUGACCAUAAAGUUAACAUCCAUAAACCACCUGGUGAUGGACCUUUCAAUAAAGAACAAGCGGUAUCUGCAGAAGACAAAAAGAAACUAGAAUCAAGCAAGAAGAGAAUGGAAUCCAUGAUGAAAAAACGACAAGAAUUUAAAAGUAAACAACAAAUAAUCAAAACGGGAUUGAUAGACAUUGAUAAGAAACCCAAUAAAAAACUAAGAUUUUCUGACACAGAGGAUGAUCUACAAGAAUGUGCCAAACACCCUCAACAAAAAAAGCAAGCAAAGAAAAAUACACUUUUUGAUGAUGAUGAGAGUGAUGGAGAAGUUAACUUUGAAAUAAAAAAGCAGUAUGAAGGCAAGAAAGGACAGAAGGUUUUAGAUUUACAAUCGAGGUACAAAUCUGACAAACGCUUUGUCUUAGAUGAAAGGUUCAUUGAAGAUGACCAAACGGAGGAUGAAGCUGAGGAAAUCAACAGAGAUAGGGAUCCAAGUGAACCUGUUGAAGGCACACAAGGGGAUGAAAAGACAAAGCAGAUAAAGAUAUUGGAGGAUGUUCUUGGUGUAGCAAUCAUAACACAUGCAAGUAAACCUGACAAGGACAAGAAAGCUAAGCCAAGUAUGGGAAUGAUAAGAUUUGAUCCAAUGAAUCCAGAACAUGCUAAAUUUGUGGUUCCCAUGGAAGAGGUGAAACAGGAAUCCAAAAAACCUAAAAAGAAAGUAAAAGAGGUCUCUGAACCAGCUCUACUGCAGCCAGAAGUCCCAAAAGUAGAGGUUUCAAAGGAGCAGUUUUACAAAAGUGAAAUAACUAAGGAAGCUUUUGAGCAACCUGCUGAAGGAUUCAGACUUAGAAGCCUUUUCAAUAGGGAUGAUGAUGCAGGAGAGGAUGACACUGUUUCUCAAGGUAAAACGGAACAAGAUAGCUACACACCAGUACAACCUCAAAAGCAAAAAAAAGUGAAAAAUCCAUUGGAUCCUGGUGAAAAAAAUCCUUUUGUUUAUGAUUCAUCUGAAUCUGAAGCGGAGGAUGAAGAUCCCGAGAAUGACACCAAUACAGGAAAAGAUGUACCACAACUUACAGAAGUCAAGGCAGUGUGGAAAGAGAACUUAUUUUUUUCCAAAGACGACAUUCGUCUGAAAGACGGUUUGGCAUUCUUCAGUAACAUUGGCUUACACGACGCACCAAAGGAGCGAAGAGAACUUAAAUCAGUGAUGAAGAAGCGCAUCUACAACACGACACGAAAGAACCAAAUGUUCAAGAAGAAGAUUGGUGGCAGAAAGAAAUCUAUGAAAAAGAGUUACAAAAAGAAAAGCUGAUUUAUAAAAAUAUGCCAUAAACAUUGUUACAUAAAAUGUCCAUAUAUCAGA